GGUCAGAGGCAUCAGUUCCAUCGGCAACAUGUUCCACUCCAGGCCUCAGUCGCAAUCCAGCUCCUUGCUCAAUUUUGGUCUACUUCUGACCUUUGUACUGGCUUUUGUCGGGGUUAAAGGUGACUACGACUGGUAUGGCGAUUAUACGGGCUCUGAAUUGGACUACAUCUUUGCCGAUGUGAACUACGAUGCCGUGUGUCCCCCUGGUGGCUAUGCAGUUUGUGCCUCCGAUGGAUACAACUACCAUCCAUUUUCGAGCAAGUGUCGCCUGGACUCGCAGAACUUGAAGCUGCUGUUCGCCGGCAAGAAGGAACUUAUCCAAACUGAUCUGAAGUACUGUUCCUCGUAUCCCCGCCAAUCGUAUGGGUCCUCUGCUCCUGCCCAAAGUUACUAUCCCAAGAGCUCGCCAGUCCAAAACUUAGCCCCAAUUCAGUAUUCCUCAUCCUCUGGCCAGAAUUCGUAUGCCUAUGCCGCUGCAAGUGGUCCCUAUGGCGCCAAGGCAACGGCUGAGGCUCCUGGUCCAUAUCCUGUGGCUGCUCCUACCUACUCCGUUUCAUAUCCUUUAGCUCCCGCCCCUGCUCCUGCUCCCACUCCCUCUCCCGCUGCCUAUGCCCCGCCCCCAGUCAAGUAUCCUUCCCGUCCAGCCAAGUAUCCCGACCCAUUCUCAUCCUACCCCGCCUAUGCCGCUGUUCUAAGCUCCGCCGGCACCACCAAGGCGCCACCUAGCGGAUCGACCACGACCUCGGCCACUAGCUCCACCACAAAGGCCAGCAGAUAUCCACCAUAUCCCACCAAUGACCCAACAACCACGGUGACAACCACGGCGGCAACAACUACAGAAGCAACAACCACAGAAGCAACAACCACAGAAGCAACAACCACAGAAGCAACAACCACGGCAGCAACAACGACGGAAGCAACAACCACGGCAGCAACAACCACGGCUGGAACAACCACGACUGCAACAACCACGGCAGCAACAACAACGGCAGCAACAACCACGGCAGCAACAACCACCGCAGCAACAACCACCGCAGCAACAACCACCGCAGCAACAACCACGGCAGCAACAACCACGGCAGCAACAACCACCGCAGCAACAACCACGGCAGCAACAACAACCGCAGCAACAACCACCGCAGCAACAACCACGGCAGCAACAACUACGGCAGCAACAACUACGGCAGCA